CGCGGUGGUGCCGUUGCCAGGCUCACCGGAUUGAGCGGGGCGCUGAAGCGGGCGGUGGCUGAGGGGGACCCGGCUGAGGGGGACCUGGCUGAAGGGGAUCCGGUGGCCGUUUCCAUGCUACCGCUCUCCUUGCUGCACGCUGCUGCUGUUCGUCCUUGGGGACCCCCGGCGAGGAGUCAACGGCCGGUCCUGAACUUCUCCGCGGGACUUUGAGCAACUUCAGAGCGCGGAAGGUGCAGCCGGGCCCCGGGCUUUGGCGUGGCACCGCUCUCGGCCGGAGCAGAUGGAUUGAAAAUCAUCUGGAGAAGAAGCACACAUUUUGCAUGUGAAGCAGUUUGCUUCAAAAUUAAAUUAAUUAUAUGCCUUGAGUGAGCGUAUUUCUAUGUAAUUUCAUUUAGACCACUAAGUACAGACCAUGCCUAGCAGAAUGGGCUCAAAAAUGGAUUUGAACAAGGACUUCAUUAGAGUGAAAACACACUAUAGCGGGGACAUCCUGAUAACAAACUUGGAUGUAUCAAUAAGCUAUGAUGAACUUUAUGAUGAAGUACAUGAGAUGUGUAAUUUACAGCAGGAACAGCCAAUUACCCUCAAGUGGAUUGAUGAUGAAGGUGACCCAUGUACCAUCUCAUCUCAGAUGGAGCUAGAAGAAGCAUUCCGUUUGUAUUGUCAGAACAGAGAUGAAGGGCUGAUUAUUCAUGUUUUCCCAAGUAUUCCAGAGAAACCUGGCAUGCCUUGUCCAGGAGAAGACAAGUCAAUCUACCGCCGUGGAGCCAGAAGAUGGAGGAAGCUGUACCGAGUGAAUGGGCAUUUGUUUCAAGCCAAACGUUUUAACAGAAGAGCGUACUGUGGCCAGUGCAGUGAAAGGAUAUGGGGUCUGGGAAGGCAAGGCUACAAGUGUAUCAACUGCAAGUUGUUGGUCCAUAAGCGUUGCCAUAUACUUGUUCCACUGACCUGCAAAAGGCAUAUGGAUUCGGUCAUGCCUUCCCAGGAACCUCAGUUAGAUGAUAAAAAUGAUGAUGUUGGCCUCCCUUCAGAAGAAACUGUUGGAAUUCCCUACAUUCCUUCAAACCGGAAACAUGACAACACUAAAGAUGACUCUGAGGAAAUCAAACCAGUCAUUGAUGGAAUGGAUGGAAUUAAGAUUUCUCAGGGACUUGGACUACAGGACUUUGAUUUAAUCAGAGUUAUUGGACGUGGAAGUUAUGCCAAAGUUCUUUUAGUUCGGUUAAAAAAGAAUGAUCAAAUUUAUGCUAUGAAAGUAGUGAAAAAAGAAUUGGUCCAUGAUGACGAGGAUAUUGAUUGGGUACAGACAGAGAAACAUGUGUUUGAACAGGCAUCCAGUAACCCAUUCCUAGUUGGUUUACAUUCAUGCUUUCAAACAACAAGUCGAUUGUUUCUUGUAAUAGAGUAUGUAAACGGGGGAGAUCUUAUGUUUCAUAUGCAACGGCAAAGGAAGCUUCCUGAAGAACACGCAAGGUUUUAUGCUGCUGAAAUUUGUAUUGCUCUAAACUUCCUCCAUGAAAGAGGCAUAAUCUACAGAGAUUUAAAACUAGAUAAUGUUCUUCUAGAUGCAGAGGGUCACAUCAAAUUAACAGAUUAUGGCAUGUGCAAGGAAGGUUUGGGCCCUGGUGAUACUACAAGCACUUUCUGUGGGACACCAAAUUACAUUGCACCAGAGAUCCUCAGAGGAGAAGAAUAUGGGUUCAGUGUGGACUGGUGGGCUCUUGGCGUGUUGAUGUUUGAAAUGAUGGCAGGAAGGUCUCCGUUUGAUAUUAUUACUGACAAUCCAGACAUGAACACUGAAGAUUACCUCUUCCAAGUUAUUCUCGAGAAGCCAAUCCGGAUUCCAAGGUUUCUUUCUGUCAAGGCUUCCCACGUGUUAAAAGGGUUUUUAAACAAGGAUCCCAAAGAAAGGCUUGGUUGCCAGCCACAGACAGGAUUUUCUGAUAUCAAGUCUCAUACGUUUUUCCGCAGCAUAGACUGGGAUAUGCUGGAGAAGAAGCAAACCACUCCCCCGUUCCAGCCUCAGAUCACAGACGAUUAUGGUCUGGAUAACUUUGACACACAGUUCACCAGCGAGCCUGUGCAGCUAACCCCAGAUGAUGAAGAUAUAAUAAAGCGAAUAGAUCAGUCAGAGUUUGAAGGAUUUGAAUACAUUAAUCCAUUGUUGCUGUCAACAGAAGAAACAGUAUGAAGGAAUGACAUCUUUUGUUGUGGACAGUGUGAAUGACCUUUAAAUUUAUCCUUAACCACAGUAUAUGCAUGCGAGGCUGGGGAACUGUAACAUUUUGGAUGGAGACCAAUGAUUUAAAAAUAAACCAACAAACAAAAAAACCCCAACAAAUUGCUGCUGAAAAUCAAAGAAGAGAACAAUGAUUUUGGUGGGUGUCUUCUGCCACUUGAUGAUUCUUAAGUUCUGGGCACUGACACAACUGGCUUCAUUAAUGAAGGAAUUUGCAUUUUGUGCCUGUUUCAUGAAGGAUUGAGAUAUUCAUUGCAUCCCUGGAAAAGGAGAUUCUGGAAAACUUUGAGACCAACACACUUCCUACAAAGGCUUGAUGCAAUGAUCUACCAAUUGAAGAGUAUUGCAGUGUAACAUCCUGAAGAAUAAAAUACAUUACAGUGGUGUUGAAGCUUAUUUUUGAUGCCUUUUUUCACAAGUGGUACCUGUCUAAACAUCUCAGAUGUAUUUAAAAGGAGUUGUGUUUUAUUAGCAAUCAAAACAUAAAUUUGGGUACAAAAUUUAAGUGCCUAAAUGGAUAAAACUGCGUUGAAGAAUUAUUAUGUAUUUGGAACAUUCUUAAACCUGGUAAGUUCUGCUCAUUAAUAUAAAGUGACUAUUAACAUGUGAACAAAACGAUUCUCAGCUACAGCCUCAUGUUUGUUGGCACCUUUAUUGGAUUUGAAAUGCAGAGUGACUCAGCUAUAUGAAUUCCAAAUUAGAAUUUGCGGAUUUCUAAAUGUUGUCUUAAAACUCCAAAUUUACCAAAAUGUUUCAAUUGAAGAAAACUAAAUUUGCACACAAAGGAGUUAGGAAAAGACUUAAGCAGUGCCUACACCUGCAGUUGUAUAUUAGAUUUUUGAAAAGUAUUUUUAUCAGCCAUACAGAUAUUCAGAAAUGAAAUAAAAGUGUAAUUAAAGCAUAGCCUUAAAGUCUAAGUAGUAAAUCUAGAAUAACCAGAAUCUAGAAUACGCUUUCCUGAUAAAGCACACCUCCUACUUCUGAUAAACUGUCUGCUUCCAGUUACUCAGUGUUUAUUAAUAACUAAUCGUUCUACUUCAGAAAAUGGAAGGUUUGGUAAAAUGAUUUGCAUUAAAGUAAUAAUUUUUUUU